AUGGAUGCGCCGUUCCGGCACGCCAAGAGCAGAGCCUUCGUCUCCAGCGCGGAGCUCAGCAUGAAGCAGGGAGCGGCGGCCGCUCCGGAGGCUCGCUCCCGCUUCCAGAAGGUCUCGCUGGUGUCGCGGCGCCUGGAGAGCACCGGGAGCCCCCGGGGCCGGGACGGGAGCCCCUCCCGCGUGUCCCUCCUGCUGCAGGCCUGGGAGAGGGAGAUCGUGGAGAAGAAGGGCUCCGGCCCCGCCGGCCCGACGCACCGGGAGCACUCGUCCUCCGCCAGCCUCCUCAAGGACUUCACGGCGCACGGCCCCAUCUUCUCGCAGGUCUAUGCCCCGGCGCAGCGGCCCCGGCGCCAGGACGAGCGGGGGAAGGGGGGGCCCGGCGGGGACGGCUCCCCCUCCCCGGAGGUGCCCGUGCACCGGGAGAGUUACGUGCACGGCACCCUCCUGCCCACCCGCCCCGCCGAGCGUCCCGCGGGGGCUCCCGGGGACGGUGCCGGUGGCCCGUGUGCCACCAAGCCCGGGCACGCCGCUGCCUUGCCCAGGGCCCGGCAGGUCACCGUGCUGAGGACCGGCAGGGACGCGGCCGGGCCCGAGGGACGGGGGGUUCCGAAUGGGACACGCGACACUGCCGGGGCCACCGCGGCCUCGCCGCACCGGGACAGCCCCGGGCAGGGGGGCAGCGGCUCUGCCGCGGCCGCGGCGGGCACGGAGAGCUCGCCGGGCAGCACAGAGGCCGCCGGGCUCCUGGCCGAGGGAUCCCCCGAGGAGAAGGACUCAGCACAAGCCGAGCCCACGGCGGGGAAGGCAGCUCCGGGGGCCGGGGACAGGCCUGGGGACCCUCAAACCAGUGUGAGCAGCCCCCCGCAGUGUCCCUCGGCAGGCGCUGCUGGCCAGGCUGCUCCGGCUGGCACAGGUGAGGGAAGCGUGGCAGAAGUGGAUGGCACCAUUCCAGCCACGCCAGCGAGGACAGAGAGCCCCCCGCGAGCUGGCAGCACCCCCGAGAACCCCCACCCUGAGGUGAGCGAUGGUCCAGAGUCUGCAUCCGAAACAGCAGCAUCAGCAAAGGCUGAGAUUGAGCUGGAGGGGGAUGAGACCAUGGGAAACGCCCAGGGCGCAGCCCAAGAGCCUGAGAGCAUCCGAGAGCCCCCCAGCGAGCCCCCAGCCCCCGAGCCCCGCGCUGAGAGCCCCCCGGACGCGAGCGAGGAGGACCCCGAGCUGCUGGUGGACAUGGAGAUCUUUGUGGACACGCUGCGCAACAUGGAGCCCUCGGAGAUGCGGAAGGCGCCCAAAGCCCCGCGGCAGCCCCGGCCGUCGGCGCUGAGCCGCUGCGCAGCCCUGCCCCCCAUCCACGAGGACCGCGUGGCCCCCCGCGCCCCCCUGUCCCUGCCCCAGGCCCUGCGGGAGCUGCUGGCGCGGGGCCCGGCGGGGCGGCCCCAGGAGACCCCCGAGGAAGAGGAGGAGAUCGAGAACCCCUACCUGAGCCCUGAGGAGCGGGCGGCCGCGGGGAGCCGCCGUGCGGUGCCCAGGGAUGAUGACGGCGUGGCGGGCGAAGGGUGGGUGGAGGGGGGCUCUCUCCUGGGGACACUGGGAGCGGAUGAAAACGCCAAACUGGUGGCCGGGGGCCCGGCCGAGAGGAGCGUGCCCUUCCGAGGGAACGUCCUCAAGGGCAUGGCGCUGCUCUCCCACUUCCUGGAGCAGCGGGCAGCCGCAGCUGAUGAGGGCAAGCCCUACUCCCGGCUGGACAAGAGCGUGCUCUACAGCCGCUUCGUGUCCCCCGGAGCCGCCCUGCUCGAGCUGCCCGACGGCAACGGGGGCUCGGAUUUACCCUGCCUCAGGGAGCACAAUGGGCUGGGCCCUGGUGGCCGCUCUGGCCCCGAGAUGGCCGUGCUGGAAGCCCUGAGUUCUGGCUCUGUCCCUGCUGUCACCGAGGAGCCGGAGAGCAGCGUGACCCUGAGCCUCGACCAUGUGCUGCAGGAGGAUAAGGAGGGCUUGGAGAAGAUCAACACAAGACCUGGCAAGAUCAUCCUCUACUCCGAUGCCGGCUUCGCGGGGCACAAACGGGAGAUCUGGGACGACAUUCCCGACGCCACGUCCUGGGAGCUGUCACACACCAUCUCCAUCCGAGUCAUCCGAGGCGGGUGGGUGAUGUACGAGAAGCCGCGGUUCCGCGGGCGCAAAUGCGUCCUGGCCGAGGGGGACGUGGAGAUCGACAACCCCUGGACGGCGUACGGGGACAGCGGGGACAGCGGGGACAGCGGGCAGCCCCGCGGGAGCCGCCCGUUCCGCAUCGGCUCCUUCAAGAGGGUGGUGCGGGAUUACCGCACCCCCGAGAUCAGCCUCUUCGCCGAGGAGAACGGCGAGGGCGCCCGGCUCCGGUUCAGCGGCUCGGCCGAGGACACCCGCGAGCGGGGACAGGCGCUGGCCGCCGCCUCCAUCAUCGUCCACUCGGGCCUGUGGCUGCUUUACUCCAAGCCUUUCUUUGAUGACGAUCCCUACGUUCUGGAGCCGGGCGGGUACCCCAACUUAAAGGCUUGGGGAGCAAAGGACCCAUCCAUCUGCUCCAUGCAUCCCAUCAGGCUGGGCUGCCCCGUCGUGGAGAGACCUGGUGAGCCACAGGUGCUGAUCUAUGAGGCUGCAGCUUUCCAGGGCCGCAGCUUCACCAUCAGCAGAGACAUCUACGACCUGAAGCGCCUGCCCGAGGCAGCGCUGCCCACCGUGGGCUCCCUGCGUGUGCUGGGCGGCUGCUGGGUUGGCUACGAGAAGGAAGGUUUCCGUGGCCACCAGUACCUACUGGAGGAAGGGGAGUACCAGGACUGGAGGCAGUGGGGCGGCUACAGCAAGGAGCUGGUGUCGCUGCGGCUGAUCCGGACGGACUUCUCUGACCCAGCACUGGUGCUGUUUGAGGCCAUGGACUUCGAGGAGGGCGCGAGCGUGGAGCUGAGCGAGGCGCUCCCCGACACGCGGCUGGCCGGCUACGGCAGCGUCACGCAGUCCAUCCACGUGCUGAGCGGCGUGUGGGUGGCCUACGAGGGCCCCAACUACUCCGGCGAGCAGUACAUCCUGGAGAAGGGCGUGUACCGCAACUGCGAGGACUGGGGCGCCACCGACUGUCACAUCUCCUCGGCACAGCCCAUCCUGCAGGUCAGGGAGCACAACCUGCACUUCGUCUCCAAGGUCCUGCUUUUCUCAGAGCCCGACUUCCUGGGGGAUCACGUUGCCUUUGAGGAGGACCAGGAGGCCCUGCCCGAAGCCUUCACCCCGCGCUCCUGCAGAGUCCGCGGGGGCAGCUGGAUCCUGUUCGACGGGCAGGACUUUGCGGGGGAGCAGCACGUGCUGUCUGAGGGCGAGUACCCCACGCUCAGUGCCAUGGGCUGCCUCUGCUCCACCGCCAUCCGCUCCUUGAAGAAAGUUCCACUGUUUUUCUCGGAGCCCUCCAUCUUCCUGCACGGGCUGGAGUGUUUCGAGGGGAAGGAGAUCGAGCUGAACUCCGAAGUGCGGAGUCUCCAGGCUGAGGGUUUCAACAACCACGUGCUGUCCGUGCGGGUCAAAGGAGGGAUCUGGGUGCUGUGUGAGCACGGUGACUUCCGAGGGCGGCAGUGGCUGCUGGACUGCACUGAGAUCACCAACUGGCUGACCUACAGCGGGCUGCAGCACGUGGGGUCCCUCUACCCCAUCCGCCAGAGACGGGUCUAUUUCCGCAUCAGGAGCAGGGAGCUGGAGCUCUUCCUCUCGGUCCCCGACGACGUGGAGGAGAUGAAGGCAGGGCGGGUGGUGGUCUCCAGCCUGAGCGAGCAGAGCAGCUCCGUCUGGUACUACGAGGACGGGCUGAUCAAAAACCAGGUGGCCCCCACCAUGAGCCUGCAGGUCAUCGGGCCGGCCGGGAAGGGCGCCAAGGCCGUGCUGUGGUCCGAGACACGGCUGCCACGUCAGACCUGGAGCGUCGACUCCCAAGGACGGAUCCACAGCCAGAUGUUCGAGGACAUGAUCCUCGAUGUGAAGGGCGGCCGAAGCUACGACCGGGACCACGCCAUCGUUUGGGACAUGGCUGAUGAACGACCCACGCAGAUCUGGGACAUCCAGGUGCUGUGA